AUGUUCAACGUCGGCGCGACGCCGCGCUCGGCGCCGACGGUCAUCGUCAUCCUGCGCGACGGCGUGCUCCAGGCGCGCAUGUUCGAGUGCCUCAGCGACGCGGACGCGCGCUGGUCGGUGAACUGGCUCUACGCCGCCGUCAUGUACCUGCAGCGCGCCGACGGGACCUUCGCCAAGUGGAAGGAGUACGGCCUCUGGUCGAGCGUGCGGCGCAUUCGCGAGGGCUUCGAGAACGACCCGGCGGAGCGCGCGCGGCUCCUGCCGAACCUGGCGGCCGUGCCGACCGUCGCCGAGCCCGCCGCCGCGUACCCGCCGCGGCCGCCCGCCGCGGUGAUCCUCGUGCCGGCGCCGACGCUCGCCGUCGUCACGCCCGCGGCCGCGCAGCCGCCGCCGGCGCCCGUGACCGUCGUCGCGACGCCCAUGGGCGGCAUGGAGGGCAUGGGCAUGGGCUCGGGCCGGCGCCAGCGCGACAAGGAGCCCCUCGCCGUCAAGGGCGAUCUGCCGUGCAUCCGCUGCGACGUCUGCGAGAUCGUGGCGACGGAGCUGUGGCGCGAGGCGACGAAGCAGCGCGAGGCGGCGCCGCUGACGGCGGCGAGCGGCAAGCCCGGCGAGAAGAAGAGGAAGGUGUCGACGUUCAGCGAGGCCGACGUCAACGAGCUCGUCGUGGGCGUCUGCAACCGGCGCAAGGAGAUGGGCGAGUGGCUCUGGUACGUGGACCUCGUCGAGUCCCAGGGCCCGCCGGGCGAGGGCAGCGCCUGGCGGGGGCUGACGAAGAAGGAGAAGGCGUCAAACGAGAACUUCCUCCAGGUCUACCGCGCGCAGCGGGGCGGGCCCAUCCGCAAGUGGGACCGCGAGAGCGCGACGGCGAAGCGGUCCUGCGACCUGCUCUUCGACGACGACAUCGGCGACGUCGAGGAGCUCGUCGUGCCCCUCUGGCGCGGCGACGUCGACGAGAAGGCGUUCAAGAAGCUCGCGUGCAAGGAGCUCAGCGGCCGCUGCGGCAAGGACCGCAAGCCCGUCAACGCCCAGGGCCGCGAGGACUUCGAGUACGACGCCCAGGACAAGUCGCUCCUCGACACGGAGCGCAUGAUGGAGAACAUGGCCGCCCAGGGCAUGCCCAUGGUCAUGCAGUCCCGCGAGGACAUGAUGGAGGAGCUCUACGAGCAGAUGGAGGCCGAGGGCAUGUCCCGCGAGGAGGCCGACGCGUUCAUGGACAUGGCCAAGAGCUCCGCGGGCGACGACCUCGAGACCGUCGACCCCGCCGACCCCAACGCGACGAUGGGGCUCGAGCGCCUCUGGCGGACGUCCGUGGCCGCGGCGCCGCCGGACGACGCGGCGGACGACGCGGGCAGCUUCUUCGUCGAGAUGUGGUACGUCGUCAAGCUCGGGGCGCCGAUGACGCUGUCGGCCGUCUUCGGCUACCUGCCCGUGGUCAUCAUGCUCGUCAUGGUGCGCACGGUCGACGAGCCCGGGGCGACGGGCGGCGCGGGCAUGGGCGUCAUGUACCAGAAUCUGCUCGGCGUGUCGACGAUCAUCGGGGCGGGCAGCGGCCUCGGCCCGCUCGCCGCGCAGGCGUUCGGCGCGGAGGAGCACGGCCGCGUCGGCGACCUGCUCCAGCGCCAGCUGGUCAUCCACGGCUGCCUGCUCGUGCCCGUGGGCGCCGCGUUCCUGGUCGCGGAGCCCGCGCUGCUCGCGCUCGGGCAGCCCGCGGAGACCGCGGCGCUCGCGGGCCGCUACUGCGCGCGGCGCUGCCCGGCCCUGCCCGCGCUCGCACUGCUCGAGGCCGUGAAGCAGUACGCCGUCGCCCAGCGCGUCGUCUGGGUGCCGCUGGUGGUGUCGUGCUGGUCGUGCGCGACGGCCGUCUUCGGCCUCGCGUACGCGGUGCCCGCGCACGGCUUCGACGGCGCGCCCUGGGCGAUCACGGCCGCGGACUGGGGCGCGGCGCUCGUCAUGGCCGCGCUGGCGCCGCGCCUCGUCGACCGGCGCACGUGGCCGCGGUGGUCGUGGCGCGUCGCGACGGAGCGGUGGCGCGAGCUCCUCGAGCUGUCGCUGCCCGCGGCGUUCAUGCUGUUGACGGAGUGGUGGGGCUGGGAGGUCGCGCUGUUGCUCGCCGGGACGCUGUGCGCGCGGGACCGGUCCCUCGACGACACGCUGUUCUGGCCGCCGGCGUGCCCGGCGCUCGACGCGUUCCCCAUCUGCUCGAACACGAUGGUCAUCUCGUUCAUGUGCCACUUCGGCUUCUCCAUCGCCGGGGGCGCGCGCGUCGGCAACCUCGUGGGCGCGGGCGAGCCGCGCAAGGCGAAGAAGACCGUCGCGGCGCUGCUCUGCGUCGUCGUCGCCAUCGCGACGGCCAUCGUCGCGCUUUUACUGCGGCACGCGGACCAGUGGGUCGCGUUCUACACCAUGGACCCGGACGUCGCGCGGCUCGCGGCGGCGACGCUGCCCCUCGUGGCCGUCUACAUCUGGUGCGACGCCAUCGGCCCGGGGGCGUUGAACAAGCUUCUGGCGAACCUCGCCACGGUGAAGGUCCCGGCGCUCGUGAACGUCGUCGCUUUUUACGGAAUCGGCCUGCCCUACGGGGCCUACCGGGCCUUCGUCGCGCACCGCGGCGACUCGGGCCGGGGCCUCUACGACCUCUGGAGCGGCCUGGCCCUGGGCAUCGCGCUCAUGGUGCUGGGCCUCGGGACCUACUUUUAUUGCUGCGUCGACAUGCGCCGCGCGUCGGACACGGCGCGGACCGUCGCCGCGGACGCGUCCAAGUCGCCGGACACGCGCGAAUUCGAAGUACUAUCGACGCGCGACGACGACGACGGCGGCGACGAGCCGGGCAUCAAGAUGUCCGUGAUCUCGCGCGCCAUGGUCGCGGGCGGCGACGACGGCGACUCCGGCAGCGACGACGAGUACGACGACGACGACGACGCGGACCCGGAGCUCGCGCUGCGGCGGUCCGCGACGACGGGCGCGCGCGAGAGCGCCGACGACGUGCCGCGGAACGCCGACUGCUGCGUCUCGCGGACGACGUUCUCGACGUGCGUCGCGAGCCACGGCGACGAGAGGGCCCGGGCGGUCGGCGGCGCGGGCGCGGGCGGCUGCGACUCCGCCUGCGACUCCGGCUGCGGCGGCGCGGGGAAGCCCGCCAACGACUGGAGCCAAUUGAUGCCAUUUUGUAAAGCCAUCUUUGUUUGCGUGUUUUGUGCGCGGCACGGCGCCCUCCUCGCGACCGGCGUCGCGGCGUCGAACUGGGGCGAUGGGAACGGCAAGGUGGGCGACGUGCCGGCCUCCUUCGACUGCGCCAUGCGCAAGGCGGCCUACGACUUUGGGAAGAAGCUCGUGCCGCGCCAGGGCUCGUUCGAGGCGCUCUACUACGCGCUGGACCUGAAUUCCGACGACUGCCACGUGGACUACGAGGAAAUGGAAGGCCCGAAAGCCGACGACGUCAUUUUACCUGCGGACGCCGUCUACGUCGCGCCCGGCGGCGCCGGCGACGGCGCGGCCGCGUCGCCGCUCGGGACGCUCCAGGCGGCCUACGACCUCGCGGCGUCGCGCGCGUCGAAGACCGUCGUGCUGCGCGGCGGCACGCACUACGUCGACGAGCCCGUCCUGCUCACGAGCACGCACAGCGGUCUCCGCGUCGCGGCCUACCCCGGCGAGGCGCCCAAGGUCUCGGGCGGCGUCGAGCUCGACGUCGCCUGGAAGCGCGUCAAGGGCAGCGACGUCAACCUCUACGUCGCGGACGUGGACGUCGACGACGUGCCGGGCCUGCAGAUCGACGGGGUGCGGUCCACGCGCGCGCGCUACCCGAACCUGCCCGGGGGCCUCGAGGUCUCGUGCGGCUACGGGUGCAUGAUCCCGAGCGCGAACGCGAGCUGGACGCCGCCGGACUUCGGCCGCUUCGGCGAGGUCGAGUACUUCACGGACAACCGCAGCGACACGCUCCGCGACGACACGCCCGACGGCUGGUUCCAGCGCUACAUGGUCGGCCGCGAGGGCCUCUGCAGCGUCUACGACCCGCCCGUGUCCUACUGGUGCUCCGAGAAGCCGAGCGGCGGCGGCGCGUUCGCGUUCCGCACGCCGAGCGGCGUCGCAAUCGAUUUACCGAACGCGCCCUACGCGGACGCGGGCGACGCGCUCUUCUUCGUCUGGCGCCCCGCGCGCUGGGCCAACUGGAUGUUCGAGGUUUCGUCCGAGCGCGGCGGCAACUACACCUUCGGCCGGGGCGGCAACCAGGGCGCGCGCGGCUCGGACAACGGCGGCGACUUCUUCGUCGAGAACGUCUUCGAGGAGCUCGACUACCCGAACGAGUUCUUCUUCGACAAGAAGGCGAAGAAGCUCUACCUCGUCCACAACGGCACGGGCGCGCCGCCGGACGACGCGACCGUCGUCGCGACGAAGCAGCGCGUGCUCCUCAACGUGUCGGGCACGCAGUGGGACCCCGUGCGCGACGUGAAGCACGAGGGCGUGACGUUCACGUCCACGCGCUACACGUACAUGGACCCGCACGGCGUCCCGAGCGCGGGCGACUGGGCCCUCGACCGCGUCGCCGCCGUCUUCCUCCAGGGCACGGAGGGCGUGACCUUCGACAAGUGCGCCUUCGACCGCCUCGACGGCAACGCGGUCAUGGUCAGCGGCUACAACCGCGGCGCGACGAUCGUCGACUCGGACUUUUCCUUCGUCGGGGGCAACGCGAUCGCGGCCUGGGGCUACACGAACGAGACGGCGACGGACCCCGGCCGCCCGGGCGUGGUCAACGAGAACUGGCCCGCCGCGGGCGUCGACGGCACGGACGGCGAGCACCCCGUCGGCACGACGGUCCGGGGCUGCACCGCGCGCGAAGUCGGCCUCUACGAGAAGCAGUCGUCGUUCUACGUCCAGGCCAAGACCGCCGCGUCGAAGAUCGAGGGCAACGUCUUCUUCAACGGCGCGCGCCGGCGUCCGCGCGCGGGCAUCAACGCGAACGACGGCUUCGGCGGCGGCGACGAGAUCGCGCGCAACCUCGUCUUCAGCACGUGCCGCGAGAGCGGCGACCACGGGCCGUUCAACUCCUGGGACCGCCAGCCGUUCCUGACGACGCAGCGCACGGGCAAGCCGUCGAUGAUCAUGGCGUGGCGCGAGAUCCACCACAACUUCUUCAUCGACAACUACUCGCCGCAGGAGGACGUCGACAACGACGACGGCUCCUGCUUCUUCAAGACGCACGACAACUUCCUCGUCUACGGCGGCCAGGGCAUGAAGAACGACUUCGGGGGCCACGACAACCGCCACUACAACAACACGUACGCGUACGUCGGCCGCGCGCUCGGCGUAACGACGACGCUGCCGGGCCACGAGGACCUCUUUGCGGGCAACAAGGUCGUGCUGACGAACUCCGACGUCGGCGGGCCCAUCUGCGACGCGCCGGCGACGAAGAUGGCCGACAACGCCUACUUCACGCCCGACGGGAAACUCACGGAGUGCGGCGUCGCGCUCGCGGAGAACCAGAAGAACCGGUCCAUGGACCUGGGCUCCACCGUCGCCAAGCACCCCGCCGACGACGCGGUCAUCGAGUGGGCCAAGGCCGCCCUCGGCUUCUAG